AUGUCGGAGGUUAACAUUGGGACUGCCGUUGAGCUCAAACGCCUCCUAGAAGAGCAAAGGAACUCGGUUAAUAUUGAAGAGGAGAUCUUCCAUAGGAUAUUGGAGCUUCUCUAUCAGCUGGUAUCCAAGGAAAAGCCAGUAUUUCUGCGAGCUACCACCAAGCCAACGACGAGGAACACUGCUGCCUCUCGUUUGCAAGCGGCGUCUGCUGCACUUCGCUUAGUAGUUGAGGUUGCAACCCCGAAGUUUACUUUCCGGACUGCUCUCUCAGUAUUGGACCACAUAGUCGACACCCUGCCUUCGCCGGAUGGUUCUCUGUGCGAGCCCCUCCAGAACGACUAUCUCAAGAGCUUCAGAAUCUUACUUGGCUAUGCUCCACAUGGAGAACACAUGCGGCGCAAACAGUGGCAAGAAUAUGUGGACUUUGCACUCGAAUGUUUGACGGUAGGCCUCGAUGAUGGCCCAGUUGACGAUGGUAUCUCAAGCAGUAGAGAUGUCAGUCUGACUCCACGGCAUGGUCAACAGUUAUCUGUGCGACUCAGCCACACCAGCUUCAGGAGCACCAGUAAUGGAACUGCCUCGAAUUUUGAAGAUAUUUGGGCUGUAUUGAAGUACUUGACGGCUUUUGCCAACGCACCAGUCAUGUCACGAGCGGCAAGUAUUGCUGAGAAAGUUCAAGACUUCUUGCAGGUCGAUAGGAGAGGUCAAGAAGGAGCAUUUGAGACUGUGAACAACUUGCUUUUUGUCUCUCUCACUGAAGAUGUCGCCUUUACACAGACACUGUUGUCUAGCCUUAUUCCCGUCAUUAGGCGAUUGUGGCCAAGCAGAUCUAUCCUUCUCCAGCAGCAGAUGCUCGUAACGUUGUUCACAUGUCGAUAUUUGUUUCUUGCCCCAAGCGCACCCUGGCUCGCAAUCGAUUCAGCGCUGUUGGAGCCGCUCUUGAUCACGAUCUUGUCAGACUACCGCGGCAGAAACGAGAGGGACAUCCUACACUUUGACGACCUGCAGCCAAUCCUCUCCUCGGAAAAUACUCCUCUGCAGCUCAAGCAAUUUAAACCUGUUCGAACUUCUCCCCGCGCAGUAACCAGCUGGUUUAUAUUGUCCAUCAUUGCAUGUCUCGUCAUUGGGUUGAGUCUGAAGAGACAUGCUGAGACUGAUUCAGCUGAUGUAGGGGAAGUUCCCCGAAAGCGACAAAAGAUCCAGAGCCGUCUAGAUGAAAUUCUUGAACUAGCAGUCGCGGGUUCAGGGCAGGAGAAGCUAGUCGCUUUGCAGAUUAUCUUGUUCCUCUUUGAUCAGCCCGGGGUCAUUGAGCAAGAAUGGACCAAGGACCUGUACAAGUUAUUGCCCGACCUUGGCAGUGAGGACCCAACUAUUCAGACAUGGAUUCUCCUGGUAUUCGCACGGUACGUCAUCUUCCCGCAGUCCAAGUUCAAUGGCUCAUCACAGUCCAGACUGGCGAUCGGCAAUGCCAGUCGCGAUAACGAACCCUCAGAGUUCUGGACACAAGUGUGGGAUGCAGCGAGUAGAGCAACGACAGUGACCGCUACAACGAGGGCUGCGUGCCAUGCACUCGAUGUGCUCCUCCGGGUAGGGACUCUGGACUCUUCAAUGAGCACAAACUCGCUAGACAGUACCUUAUUUGGAGGUGGUAACAAUGGCCCCAGCGGUCUCACGGACACUUCUCUCAUCUUGAUGAGACGUGCGCUGCGCUCCAAAUUCUUUGACAACGAGCGGCGUUUUGAGUCUUUUGGUUUGAAGGUUAUUGCCUGGCUCUCUGCUCGCUGGACUCUCCCUUCGAGCCUUGAUCGCCUUCACAAUGCACAAAUGGUUUUUCACGCCAGACCGGAGCUUUUGUUCUCUUUGUUGAGUACGGUGUGUGGCUUCACAGAUGCUAUUGCCGCCAGUGAGGCUUGGACUGAAGCCCAUUCGUCGUUCGAGUCAGCGCUGAUGGCGUCAGCCAAUCUCGAAUUUUUACAAUAUCUUCUCUCCGUCCCCUCCCCAACCGUCGAGGCAGAUGAGGAUCUCAACACCUUGCCUCGCCAAUUUGAGACGUCCGCCAUUGCUCGCAUUUUCCGAAACGUGAUGGACUUCCUUGCAAAUAAGACGAGAGAUUUCGUUCACUCAUGGAAGGCAAUCUGCGACGAGCGGACUUCAAAUAUUGGAAAUGACAUUGUGGACGUUCUAGGUGUUGUCUCUGCCGUCUCCUCUGCCUUAUGGGUCCGUUGCAGUGGUCAAGCUCCCGGUUACAGAAAGCCUUUGAUUCUGAAUGAGAGUCGCCGCGUCCUCGCGGACUUUGUCGUCACCCAGACGAUCGAUCGCUCUCGAGAGAUGGCCAAUCGUAUCUGUGCUUGUAUUGUCACCAUCCAUAAGCAGCUAUCUGAUAAUAUUAACGGCAACUGUGGCGAAGAAUACCAGGCCAUCAUCGAAUUUGCAUGGCGUAUUGCUCGCCAUGCUAUGUCAUCGGCAAGCAAGAACAAUCCUUCGGACUUGGACUUCUUGGAUGAUGAUGUAUGGGACUCCCAGGCAACUCAAAGGAGCCAAUUUGGCGAUGGUAUCGAUAUUUCGAGGCUGGACCUUCCGGUAUGCAAAGAUUCACUUGCUAGGCUGGCAAGGUAUUCAGUGGAGUUGACAUUGGCUCUUCAAACGGUGAAAUCCGAGGGAGUUCUUGACUCCGCUGCAACUGGUUUGGUCAUUGACGAGGUCUUGACGCUUGAUCCGCUUUCGCUCAUUGCUGCACGAGGGGCGGUGCAUGAUUUUCUCAGCUUGAAAACGGCAACCGCUCGCGGAGACGCCCAUCGCUUGCUCAAGAGACUGGCCGAGUUAUUUCUGCAGGAUGAAGUCUUUGAAAGAUGCGAGCCUGCACUGUGUGUCUGUCUGCACACCCUGGAAAGUUUCAUGGAUCUUUGGACAGCUGAAGACGAAGACGACUUGGCAGACACGGCCUAUGAUAUUUAUUACUGGUUUCUCAAGACUAUGACCCGCAAAGGGGUUGCUUCUCCGAGAGUUCUGUCGACACUGGCGGGCGUUUUGGAUGGUCUGCUGCGCAAAGAUGCCUCUUAUGGCAGUGAAGACCUACCGUCGCCUCGCACAAGCCUGCUGAGCAUCUUGGAAGUCAGUGACGCAGCAAACCAGUAUCGGCUUGCAGAUAAAUUGUCUCACAUCUUCGAAAAGUACGUCCUGACUCAACAUGAGGCAAUAUUUGAUGACGUUGUCACCAAAUUACCCUCGGACCCCGACAACAAAGAAGGCAUCGCGGUGCGCUUGUACAUUGUUUCUUACCUUGGAGCUCGAUGGCAUACUGUUCUCCGGCAAGCCAUGUAUCACUUAUUUGAGACGGUUGCACAUGUACCUUCAACGACAAAACUGGGACGUGGCUGCAUCGCCAGAACCUGCGCAGUGCUCAAACUCCAAUGUCCGAGACAGCUUUUCAAGCUGUUCUCUUCCCAGAUCUUCUACACAUGGCUAUCACAGGAGACCCUUGCCAGCAUGCCUUUCCAACUGUUCGAGUACGCUUCUUUGCAAGAGAUGGCUGUUGACAAUGCUGGGGAGCUUACUGGGCAGAUCGCCCUUCGAGGAUUUCAACACUCGGAAGAGCUGGCUCAACUGGUUGGUCAGGAUUGGAACCUUUUACUGAGCCAAUAUUUUGCCUACGCCGAAGCAUACACACUGGCUUCAGAAACCAGCGUGCCAAAACACGACCGUCUUCAUGAUGGCUCGGAAAAAUUGGUGCGCAAGCAACUGGGGUCACAAUUAUACCUUCAACGACUUCGCGAGUGCCUCCCAGACAUUAUUUCCUUGCUGGUCUUGUCCCUUCAAGACGAUCGGGGCAUAGAAAAAGCUCUCCCGAGCUCUAGCCUCGCAAUUUGGCAAGAAAUAGUAAAUGAUUCUGGUCAGAAUCUCCAGCUACCGCUUGCUCAGCAGCCAUGCUUCCGAGCACGCUGCCUUCCGGAAGAGUUCAAAUACUUGUGCGGAAGACUCGAUCUGGAAGAAAGCGACUUGUUGACGUCAGGCUUCUUGGUCCAUCUGUACAGACAACUUUUGGACAGAGCAAGGCCGGCGUUGGGGCCGCUACAUACCUGCAGCAUCAUCCGCAAAAUUCGCAUCGUAGUGAGCCUUGCAGGUCCUAUUGCUUGGGAAGGCUAUCCACUGGAGAUGAUAUUGCAUAAUCUGCGGCCCUAUCUUACUGUUUUCGAGUGUGCUGAAGAGACGAUGGGUAUCUACCGCUUCCUGCUUCGUCACGGAGCACAAUCUCUAGCCUCUCGACCUUCAUUCAUCGCUGGACUCUGCGUCUCCAUCUUCGCCUCCCUUACCGGCUUCAUCACAUCUUCUCAGGAUAGUACGACGCAAGAAGAUCAUUUCAUAUCAACAAUGACGACGGCUCAAGACUUUCGAGCUUUCUUGGGGCAAUACUUGGAAUCCCUUAAACUCACAAACGCGGAUGGCGAAACACAGCGAAGGUACAAGCGCAUCAUUCGGCAUGCAAAAGGCUUAUCUCAGAAUGGGAGCAGUGCGCAGAGCACAAGCGAAGGAAAGUUGCUUCAUGCGUUACUAUCAGACCAGAACUGCACGAAUCCUCUUCUGUCGGGCUUCCAUUUUGAUCUCUGCAUUAAGAUUCUGUGCCAGCGGUUUUGUACACCAUCAGACUACCAAGACGACAUACUUGCCAACGACGACGAUGCUUCCCGGUUCUCUUCUUUACUGGAAAGUCUGUUGACAAGAUUCGAUUUAGACAAACCCUUCCGAAUCUGGGCUGCCCAAGGGAUUGGUCGGGGCUAUCUCAUGCAUGGGUUAACCUCGACUGCCUACAAUAAAACACAGCCUGUACAAAAUCAGCCACCCGAGGUCGGACUCGAAGCGGUCUCUUCCUACACAAAUAUCAUUCGCUACCUUGUGAAUCUACUCUGGAAGUCUGAUUACCCUACUUUGACUGUCGCCGAAAAUACUCUACAGCUCAUCUCUAGCAACUUGGACGAAGCCGGUGAACAUGCCUUUUUGGCAGCUGAUUUUGACACAAGGAUUGUGCAUGAGUUGAGAUUCGAGAUUUUCCCGUGCCCUUCUGCGCCUCUGUCCAUGACGACUGGCCUUAGAGGUAAACCAGAAGGAGAAGCCGACGAUUCUCACAGACUGCCGCGAGAGUGGGCCACAGAACUGCUUAGCCAGAUCUCUGAGGUUGCUGCUGGCGACCCUGUGUUGAGCUUCCUUCAGCCUCUGAUCUAUACCGUCCCUGAUGCAGCCGGUAUCCUUCUCCCAUAUAGCGUCCAUCUCAUUCUACUCCGCGAAACCGACUCCCAGCAAGUUUUCCAUGAUCGGCUGUCUGAGGCUUUCUCCGCGGUCCUUUCGCCUGGGAAGGAGUCACCCACUGAAGGCAGGAAAUUGGUUUUGGAAACGCUCUUGUACCUCCGAAAAUGCCAUUUCCCGAAUGAGACCAAUAUGGCAGCACGAAACUCGUGGUUAGAAGUAGACUUCAGCCACGCAGCUAUUGCCGCUCGUGACUGUCAACUGUGGCAUGAAGCUCUACUCUUCUUAGAAUUGCACUAUUCUCAAGCCCAACUUCAGACAGGUCGGUCCUCUCGGAGGUCGUUUGCGAUGACCAACGAGGUCUCGAUGGACGUUUUCUCCAAGAUUUAUGAAAAUGUCGAUGAUCCUGAUUUUUUCUAUGGUAAGCACCAGACCCACGAUCUAAAGUCAGUUAUCAGCAAAAUGAACCACGAAGGGGCGAGUCAGAAGUCUCUAUCUUUCCAGAGCGCAAUGCUUGACUCUCAGUUGAGACUGGAGGAGUCAGAGAAUACCAUGGGUGAUAUUGCCUUCACAACAGCAUUGACCUUGAGUGCCGCAAAUAUGCAGGGUAUAUCAGAGGCGGUAAAGCAACAUUACGAAGGGCCUCACAAGACCACCUCGGCCGAUGAUAACUUGGUCAUGGGUCAUUGGGAUCUAUUCUUGGGGAGUGAAUCGUCUUCAACGUCGUCGGCCUUGUCAUCAUUGUUCCGCAAUAUGCAUAGCAUAUCAAACAGGAGCACUCUGGCUCGAGAGCUGGACCUGUUGUUGCUGCAACAUGGAGAUAUAUUCCGAACAGACGGCAUUAAACGAAGCCAUCUGGGCGAACUCCAUCCGAAAUUGGCAGUCCUGGCAGAAGCGAGGCAGAUCUUGAGUGCAAUAUCGGCAGAUGCCCUCGAAUCGACUUGUGCGGCGAUAAAGGCAAGAGAUCAAAGGAUCAAGCUGGCAGAAUUCAAUGCAUUAUCACCAAUCUUGGCUGGUAGAGAGGCCGCUUUCGCCGCCAUCCGUCGAAAUAAUCACUUACGGGCUGCAUUCUCAUUGACCCUGCCGCAGGCUCUGCUAUUUGAGGUUCAGGUGACUCGGCAGUCUCUGGACAUGGCGUCCAGUUACGAGGCGUCGCAGUUCAGCUUGAAUCGAGCCAUGUACCUCUCGCAGCUUGCUCAGUUGGCUGAAAGUGCAGGACUGAAGAUCGACGUCGCUAUCAACUACGACCUUGCCAAGACGUUGUGGGCUCAAAAAGAAGUAUCAGCCUCCAUUGGCAUCCUGCAAAGUCUGGGGGACCGCAAAGACGCUGCCGCACAGGCCAUCAGCGUUCCGCGAGCCGACAUUCUGACAGAUCUAGGGCACAAAAUUGCCGAAGCUCGUCUAGAAAAGCCGGAUGAGAUUAUAGAGCGAUACCUGGCGCCAGCCAUUCGAGAGCUCCAGGGCCCUCGUAUCGGGUCUGCUGCUGGCCGGGUGUUUCACAACUUUGCUGCAUUUUGCGACAUGCAAUUGCAGGACACGGACAACCUGGACGACUUCACGCGUAUCAGCAAGAUCAGAGAUCGGAAAAUGCACGAAGUCCGCGAACUGGACAGAAUGGUUAGAAAAGCUAAAAACGAGCAGCAGCGAGCGAAGUUGAAAACACAUCUAGCCAGAGCCAGAACCUGGUUCAAACUCGACGAGGAAGAAUGGAGAAGAGUUUCGCAAAAUCGAGAGAACCUCAUUCUUCGUUGCCUCGAGAAUUACCUGCUGUCGAUGAGGGCGUCCGACGACUAUCCCAGUGACACCCUCCGUUUUAUAGCUCUGUGGCUCAAUCAAGCUGAGAGUCCAACAGCUAACGCUGCUGUCCACAAGUACCUCGCAUCAGUGCCUACUCUCAAGUUCGCUUCACUCGUCAAUCAGCUGUCGUCGCGCUUGUUGGAUAUCCAAGAUGAUUUUCAGAUACUUCUCAAGGAUCUCAUGUUCCGCAUCUGCUCUGAUCACCCAUAUCACAGCUUGUACCAGGUCUUUGCAACAAGCAAGUCGAAAGCUCCACCCGGGGAUGAAGUGGCUGCUUCCAGAUUUGCCGCAGCCAACAUCUUGACCGAACGCAUCAAGCAAGAAAGCACAUCCUCGGCCAUCUGGACUACUGUCCAUAAUACUUGUGUUGCACUAAAUCGAGUAGCCGUGGAGGGGCUUUCUGACAAAGACCUCAAGAGUGGCUCGAAACUCCCGUUACGGAAGCUGCAACAUGGUACAGCGUUAGAAGCUCAGAUCACGAAACCCACGACAAAGAUCCCUCCGCCAACCAUGAAUAUUGCCCUGCGAGCAGAUCGAGACUAUUCAGAUGUACCGACUUCGACCAUGAUUGACCCUAUGAUUUCUGUCGCCGGCGGUGUAUCGGCCCCGAAAAUUGCGACCAUCACGGCAUCGGAUGGGUCUCGACACAAGCUCCUGAUGAAAGGAGGCAACGAUGACCUUCGGCAAGACGCGAUCAUGGAGCAAGUCUUCGAGCAAGUCUCCAACCUUUUGAAAGACCACCGUGCCACACGGCGUCGCAACUUGGGUAUCCGCACCUACAAGGUUAUCCCACUUACUAAGAACUCGGGCGUCAUCGAAUUUGUCCAAAAUACUAUCCCUCUCAAUGAGUAUCUGCUCCCUGCUCACGUGCGUUACUACCCUAAAGACUACAAAGCCAGCCGGGCCAGAAAGGAUAUCUUCGAGGCGCAGACCAAGAAUCACGAGCAGCGCGUGCGGGCUUACCAGAUGGUUGCUGCCAAUUUUCACCCAGUCAUGCGGUUUUUCUUCAUGGAGAAGUUUCUCGACCCAGACGACUGGUUUUAUAAGCGCCUGAAUUACAGCCGGUCUACUGCUGCUGUGAGCAUCUUAGGCCAUGUCCUUGGGCUGGGAGAUCGACACGGACACAACAUCCUCCUUGAUGAGAAAACCGGAGAAGUGGUCCACAUUGACUUGGGCGUCGCCUUCGAAGCGGGCCGCGUUCUCCCGGUGCCCGAAGUUGUGCCCUUUCGACUCACCCGCGACCUGGUAGACGGGAUGGGCCUCACCGGAGUGGAAGGCGUCUUCCGACGCUGCUGCAAUUUCACCCUGGAAGCCCUCCGUCACGACCAGGAAGCAAUCAUGACCAUCCUGGACGUCCUGCGCUACGACCCUCUAUACUCGUGGUCCAUCUCGCCUCUCCGUCUGCAGAAGAUGCAGGAAAACAACGACCAAGCCGCUGCGGAUGCGGCCAGUAUGGCCGGCGGCGGACCGUCGACGCCGUCGACCACCAGUGGCGUGGGUUCCACCUUUGCCGGUGCAGCCGACAACAACGCUGCCGGGGUGAUUGCGGCGCGCCGAGAAGAGACCGAGCCCUCGGAGGCAGACCGCGCGUUGACCGUGGUGGCGAAGAAAUUGGGCAAGGCCCUGAGCGUGGAAGCCACCGUGAACGAGCUGAUCAGACAGGCGACCGACGAGAGAAAUCUGGCUGUGCUGUAUUGCGGGUGGGCUGCUUAUGCGUGA